UAUGGCUAACGCACGCAUACGAGUUGUCAUGGGGCAAUGUAAGCGCCCUGCGCUCGUACAGUUGUACUGUAGUUUCCGAGCAGGCGUCAGGCGACAGCUUCAACAACUUCGAGAAACAGCCAGCAUUCGACCUGACUUGGUGUUAUCCGUGCACGGCUCAUAGAGAGAGAGAACCCUCUAAUGAAAUGCAGAGAUUUUAGCCGACGUACAGACAUCGCUGACAUGUGUGGGGAAGAGAAUUGGGUAGAGAAAGAGAGAAGGAGAGAGGCGCAAAACAGAAAAAAAUAUUUUUUUUUUUAAGUUGGGCUCCGAGCUUUUUUUUUUUUUUUUUGCUCAUGGGCAACGGUGUCGAAUGGUAAAGUCCUUCAGUGUAUGCAGCGUCCUACAAUGGCUCAUACCUACGAUGAGGAACUGUUUCGCUGAAUGUGAUAAAAACUACACACUGCAAGUACUGACGAAAGGAAGAAACAACACAGGAAAAUCGAGGAAUAAAAAAAAAAAUACAGACACAUUGGGUUGUAUAAGACAACAGAAUUUAGAUGCGACGUGGCUCGCAAAGGGUUAAUGGCCUAAAGCUUUAAUUUAGAGAAGGAGCUGCUCAACGUCGUGGAAAAAAAAUAAAUGACGCAAACUGUAGAUUUGCUGGAAGGGAAGACGACGAAGUGACGACGCGGAGCUCGCGUCUCGGCGUGCGCCCGUGAGCGCGAGCAACGCUAUCGACGUGGCCAUCGAACCAUCUGGAAAGGCGCAGCUGUCUGCAGAGCUGUCCUGACGUGGCAUCGGACCAGUCGUGUAGUGGCUGGAGCUGCGGGUGGGACGCCAGUUCUAGCUGGACCGAGGACUGCUGCUCGCGGCGCUGACCGGACACGGAACCAUCGUCGAGAACACCGAGCCGAUUCCGAAUGCCAGGCACUCUCGAUUAAGAGUGAAGAUUCUCUGAGACCUCGUGGUUGGCCCACCUGCUGGUCCAGGGGGUAGGGUCUCGAUCACCUUUGCGGCGUCAUCAGUCACCCGCAGAGCCAUCAUUCCAGGAGGUCGAUGAGCCACUAGGGACCCGGAAUGCUCGCAGACUUCACAUGGACGGAGGUGUGCCCAUUCGAAUGUGAACGACACCGUGCCCACAAUAAGAAGGUCGGUUGCACGUCGGCCUUGCAUUCCUCGGCGCGAACAACACCCACUCGGUGGCUAUCGGGAUUCCUCCAUGUCGCACCAUGCCAGGCAGGGUUACAGACCAGCACUAUACGUGGUAAACCUAGUGCGCGGUCUACUGUGGCAUCCACGGCCGUCAUAAGCCCAGACGGCCGGCGUCGUACGAAGGACCGUACGCGGGCAGCUGGCCCUAAUGUAUGCGCACACGUGGGCUGUCGGGAUUGUUCCAUGUCACACGAUGACAUGCUGGCUGACAGCCCAGCAUUGCACGUGGUCAACUUCGUGCGCGGUCUACUGUGGCAUCCACGGCCCUCACUUGACCGGACCUCCGAGGUCGUACGAAGCACGGUCUACUGUGGCAUCCACGGCCGUCACGUGACAGCACGUCCGACGUCGUACGAGGCGCGGUCUACUGUGGCAUCCACGGCCGUCACCUGGCCAGACGACCGCCGUCGUACGAAGGACCGUACGCCGGCAGCUGGCUCUAAUGUAUGCGCACACGUGGGCUGUCGGGAUUGUUCCGUGUCACACCAUGGCAUGCUGGCUGACAGCCCAGCAUUGCGCGUGGUCAUCUUCGUGCGCGCUCUACUGUGGCAUCCACGGCCGUCCCUUGCGCAAACGACCGCCGUCGUACGAAGGACCGUACGCCGGCAGCUGGCCCUAAUGUAUGCGGAAUUCUGCGCAGUUUCGGAUGUCGUGACCCUUCGAAACGAUCGGGAGGAACGGCCACUGGAGGCCGGGUCUUCAUUUCAGGAACUUCGGGUCGGAUUCCCCCGGUUCAUGCCUGUAGAAGCACACCGGAGAGCGCAAAGCCACACUGCUCUAGCCAUGAGUAUCCAUCACAGCCUUCACAAAAAGCAAGCGCCGUUCUCGAUGUGGCUUCUGGUUCCUCCCCGGCGCGAAGUGGAAUUCCGCGUCGGGUGCACUCGGUGGCUACCGGAAUUCCUCCAUGUCACACCGUGGCAGGCUGGGUUACAGCCCAGCACUAUACGUGGUAAACCUCGUGGCAGAAUUGCGGUUGGCCCACAGCUACAGCUUCCUCUUUCGUGGUUACGGUUUGCAGCGCGGUCUACUGUGGCAUCCACGGCCGUCGCUUGCACAGACGGCAGGCGUCGUACGAAGGACCGUACGUCGGCAGCUGGCCCUAAUGUAUGCGCACACGUGCGCUGUCGGGAUUCUUCCAUGUCACACCGUGGCAUGCCGGCUGCCAUCCGAGCAUUGCACGUGGGCAACUUCGUGGAAGUACGCGCCAUUCUCGAUGUGGCCAGUGUUCCCUUCUGGGCUGCCGCUCACCAUGCAUCACACGCGCGGUCUACUGUGACAUCCACGGCCGUCACCUGGCCAGACAACCGGCGUCGUACGAAGGGCCGUACGCCGGCAGCUGGCCCUAAUGUAUGCGCACACGUGGGCUGUCGGGAUUGUUCCACGUCACACCAUGGCAUGCUGGCUGACAGCCCAGCAUUGCGCGUGGUCAAUUUCAUGGGAGUACGCGCCGUUCUCGAUGUGACCAACGCUCCCAUCUGGGCUGCCGGUGACCGAGGAUCGCAUGCGCGGUCUACUGUGGCAUCCACGGCCGUCAUUAGCCCAGACGGCCGACGUCGUACGAAGGACCGUACGCGGGCAGCUGGUCCUAAUGUAUGCGCACACGUGGGCGGUCGGGAUUGUUCCAUGUCGCACCAUGCCAUGCUGGCCGACAGCCCAGCAUUGCGCGUGGUCAUCUUCGUGCGCGGUCUACUGUGGCAUCUACGGCCGUCACGUGACAGCAUGUCCGUCGUCAUGCGAGGCACACGUGGGCUGCCGGGAUUCCUCCAUGUCACAUCAUGGCAAGCUGUACGUGGUCAACUUCGUGUGCGCUCUACUGUGGCAUCCACUCUGUCAGCGGACUCACCGCCGAUGUCGUACGAAGGUCCAUAUGUCGGCAGCUGGCCCCUAGUCUAUGCGCCCACGUGGGCUGUCGGGAUUGUUCCAUGCCACACCGGCCUGCUUGGUGAUCGACUGCCCAACCUUUCACCUGGUCCCCAUCGUGCUUUCUGCAGGAGCGUUGGCUGUUCGGAUGUUUCCAUGUCGUACCGCCGGCAGUCCGGCCACGAGACACCAGACGUCGCCAACGUCGUGGAAUUCUGCACAGUUUCGGAUGUCGUGACCCUUCGAAACGAUCGGGAGGAACGGCCACUGAAGGUCGGGUUUUCAUUUCAGGAACUUCGGGGAGUAUCCAUCACAGGCUUCACAAAAUGCAAGCGCCGUUCUCGAUGUGGCUCCUGGUUCCUCCCCGGCGCGAAGUGGAAUUCCGCGUCGGGUGCACACGUGGGCUCUUGGGAUUCUUCCAUGUCAUGCAAUGUCAUUCUGGGUGACAGCCCAGCAUUUUACUUGGUCAAUUUCGUGCACUCGGUGGCUACCGGGAUUCCUCCAUGUCACACCAUGGACGGCAUGCCCAGCACUGCACCUCAUCAACUUCAUGGAACCGGCUGCGCAGUUUUCGAUGUCGGGAGUCACCGCACCGCACUCCACGACAUUACGGGGAAACGUACAGUAUGCCUUCAAUAACAUGAAGAUGUGGAGGACAGUGCAUAUUGUGUGCCUUCUAAACCUGGAAAUCUGAUUCGGAGCGUCUCGGAGCCCUCUGGAACUUUGUGCGUGACGACUUCAGGAGUGCGAGCCGUUUGCAGCCGUUCAGAAGCUGCACUGGUGUCCAGCUAUCGUACAUCAACACCAUUCUUAAUCGGGGCACCAAUCCGGCACGACGUUGGACGGGAAAGGACGCGGAGCAUUCUUCUAGUUGGAACGCUCCUGAGGCACAGGACGGAAGUGCGGGCGACCUGCCUAUCAACGCCUUUGCAAAAUAAAUGUGCGGGACAUUUCUAAGAAAAUUCACUGUGUGCACUGAAUCACCAAAAAUAAUUUUUCCAUAGAGAGAGACGGAAAGCUUGUAACGUGGCCUUGCACUUAUGUUGGAUGCAUUUCGAAGGCUCCGCUUUUCAAAACGCCGGUAGCAGUAUUCACAAUCUCAGGGCCUGGAAAGAUCUUUCCAGUAAACGCCGAUCUUGGUAUAUCUCGAAGUCACUGUGUCCACAUCCUUUUCUUUUUUAUUGUCCCUGCCCAUUGUAGCUUAAUUGGAUGUGCGUCCGGUUGACCUACCAGCCUUUCCAUUCUUGUCCUCCUCCUGCCCUAAUUCUCAUUCCUUCCAAUGUACGCAGGCUGAAACAAAGAAUCGAGCAUUCUUAACAGGCAAUAUUUUGCUUUUUGAUGACUGUUCUCAAUAUGUUGCUGUUAAAAGGAAUAUAAUAAAGUGCACUUACUACUUUCCAGCAAUACUUCGUAUUCUUAAACCGCUUCGGCAAAAAGUGCCCAGUUUGUCGGCCCUCGGUCAACAUUGAACCGACAUAGACGUUACGCUGCGGAGGAAAGUACAAGUAAAACCAUAAUUAAAGGCGUUUCGAGAAAUUUUUGUGGACAUCGGAUGCCUUAAGAUUCCGUAUGCAAUUUCCUUUGCGCCAGCGAAGCGGCAUGCUGCGGCGUUAACAGUAUUUUUACAAUUUUCAUUAUUUGUAUACAUUUAGGAAUCUAAUUCGGGUGCAUUAAUGUACACAAGUGUUAAAUGCAUCUCAGGAGAGCGGGUGUGUCAAGAAACGCGCCCUUCUUCAAACACGCAUGUUCCGGCAAUGCCAUGAUCAACUGAACGUCCGCCGUGGUAGUUGCAGAGAUGUGCCACCUACAGGCCAUAAGUGUAUGCUUAACUUUGUUUAUUCCCAACCUUUAUGUCUAUGCGUUUGCGCAAAGUAAUGUGCUAUGCGAAUGUGGCCGCUUAUGUGAAGGCUUUCGCCGUUCAAGGUGCCGCGUGGAAACGCCACACAUAGAAAGCUGCAAAGACGGAUUGCUUUGCGAUACGUUGCGAAGUGAAAGGUUCGCUUUAAAAAGAGCCAUCGUGUUGAAUAGUUAGGCAGUUUGUACAGACUCGUACGUCGGAUGCCUUUAUAUGUCUGAGUGCUAGUUAAGCUUUAUUGAAAAGUUCCAUACGUGCAGCCUUGCUAAGGGAAAGCCUAAGGCUCAAUGUCGCAGGUUCAAACUAAGUGGGUAAGUUGAGCUUGCUGGGCUGUUUAUGCAUGCUUCACGUUGCAGCUAGGCUAUGGCUACGUUGACGUUAGUAGAGCACUGCACAAUGCACCAUCUGAAUUUUACGGCCCAGGCUAAACAUGACCAAUCGCACUGCGACGACCGCCAAAGAACUAAAGACUGUGCUUUCUUUUCCCCACUCUGCCGCCACCCAAGACUGUGUGCACAUCUGGACGUGACCGUAGAGAGAACUACGCAAGUUAUCCACGGUGGUGAAGUGGACCCAAGCUGUCUAAAUAAACGCUCCGACUUUGCCGGCAAAUACAACAUAUUAAAGAACCGCUACCAGCUGGACACGUAAGAAGACUCGCAAGGACGUGUGCAAGAAGGUUCGUGGUUGUGUGUAGAUGUUUUUUUGAGAGCGCCUAAACUCCUGGAUUUACCACUAGGUAAGUCGAAAAGCACCCUCAAAUGGCAACAGGCAUGUUCGAUAUAAAAUGGCAUCCACCGUCUUCUAGAAGAAUGACCAUGUAUUCUCCGAAGAAUCUCUCUAGUUCAUAAUGCUCUAAGGUGAAGUAAACUCUGUAAUGACAGUAUAAAGGUGCUCGUCAUGCGUGUUAUUCUCUGUGGCUGUACGUGUACUAUUAAAAAAAU